AUGACCUCUGACAGAGAGACUCUGCCUGACGUGGCCAAACCCGUCAAUUACCAUGUCUCGCUCUUCGACCUGCAGCUCGGUGGUUCGUGGGGAUACAAGGGCCUGGUCAAGGUCGAUGCAAAGGUUGCCCGCCCCACAAACGAGAUUGUCCUGAACGCGAAAGAAUUGGAGGUACAGCAUGCGGAAGUUCUGGGCAAGGAUGGUGGGUGUGCCCAGCUGGCCAAGGCAUCCGAUAUCUCCUACGACAAGAAAUCGGAACGGGUCACGUUCAAGUUCCCGCAGGAAAUCGCUCCCCAGGAUGUCGUACUGUCUAUCAAUUUCACCGGAGUCAUGAACGAUGCCAUGGCUGGUUUCUACCGCUCCAAGUAUAAGCCCGUAGGAGAGCCGGCCGCCGACACUCCCAAGGAGGGUGAGUUUUUCUACAUGUUGAGCACCCAAUUCGAGUCCUGCGAUGCGCGGAGGGCUUUCCCCUGCUUCGAUGAGCCGAACUUGAAAGCAGCAUUCGAUUUCGAGAUCGAGGUGCCCAAGCAGCAGACUGCGCUCAGCAACAUGCCGAUCAAAUCGGAAAGAGACGGCAGCCACUCGGGGCUUAAAGUCGUCACUUUUGAGAAGACGCCCGUGAUGAGCACUUACGUCAGUAUCCCAAACAUAUCCGUAGAUGGACGUGCGCUUGACUAA